AUGACCUACCGAUCCGACGCUGACGUGAUACACAGCUAUAUGAGAGUAAUACCUAAAACGAAUAUCAAAUUUCCCAUCUCCUUAAUUAACGAGGAAUACCAGACCUGGAUUAAUUUGACCCGCAAGAAAGCUAAACUCGCCGCCUUGGUCGUCUCCCAUUGUGAUACUCCCAGCAAGCGGGAAUAUUUGGUCGCUAAACUGAAACGUUUCCUUAAUAUCGACAUAUUUGGUGGAUGCGGGACUAAAUCUUGCCCACCCGGCAUUACUUCGGAAGACAGCUGUUUCACAGGAAUCAGCAACACGUACAAGUUCUAUUUGGCCUUCGAGAAUUCCCUGUGCGAUGAAUAUGUCAGCGAAAAAUUCUUCCGAGCGAUGAAUCUUACCUUGAUUCCGGUCGUAUUUUAUUAUCUCAAAUUUCUGGACGGGAAUGAGGAAGAAUACGUCAAAUAUUUCUGGUGGAGGAAACACUACAAGGUUGCCUGA